GCUUGUUAGAGUUCAGGCAAGCGGACGGAUCAAAAUGGCGGACGAGGAUAUUACGCUUGAUGGAAAACCUCUCCAAUCGCUCCGAGUUGCGGAUUUAAAAGCCGCUCUGGAGCAGCGGAACCUCCCAAAAAGCGGACAGAAGAACACGCUCAUCAAGCGACUGAAAGGGGCUUUGAUGUUGGAAAACCUACAGAAGUCAUCAUCCUCUCACGGUGGGCUGCAGCCCAACUCUCAGAUAGGGGAGGAGAUGUGCCAGAACAGCUUCAUAAAACAAUACCUGGCCAAACAACAGGAACUCCUUCGCCAGAGACUUGAGAGGGAGGCCCAACAAGAGGGGGGAGCUAAUGAAAGCCCAGCAGUGGCAGAGGAGGAUGACGAGCACUCUGAGGACAAUGACAGCUCUUCCUAUAUCAAGCAUCACUCCAUACUCUCCCAGCCAGCUUUCACCAGGGCAGAGGAGAAGGUUCCAGUGGAUGUAUCCCCAAGUCCAAACCUCUGCCACCAGGAAUCCUCCGAAGCUUCAGGUGCCAGGAUGCAGAGAGCAACCUUUCAUCAAGUUCAUAUGGACCCACCAGCUCCCUCUCCUCCUCGCGCUGUAGCCUCCUUGUCAGUCCGCGUCCUCAGCCAGCCUGACCAGCAGGUACUGCCUCCUACUGUGUCCCGAGCCCAGGAGAAGGAAGGCACAGCACCAAGCCAGCUGGGAUCAGCUCAUCCUGUGCUUCACCUAAGCCGGUCUGCUGGAGUAUCAGGAGGAAGUAAUGCCCAUGAGGAUAGUGAUGAAGAUGAUGAUGAUGUGGAUGAGAGUGAAGAUGAUGAGGAUUGGGGACCUGGCCCUGCCACGGCACGAAGGGAUAGAGUCCCUUCCCAGCCACAGCAGGUGACCCCCAGUGUCUCAUCUGCUGUUGCAAGGUCCAAACGCAAGCUUCAGCCACCACAACACAUUCCACCACCACAGGUACACCACACCCCUAUGCAGUUGCGCCAUCCCACUCCUCCUCCUUCCCCACCACCAAACCUCUUCCCCCUGCCUGACACUCCCAAGCAAAGCCCACCAAACAUAGACGACCAGGAAGGCCCAAGGGUGGCAUCUUUCCCACCUCCCACCAUGCAAAGGCAAGACUCGGAUUUAAGUUCUCGUUCCAGUAGCCCAGAGCCCCCUGUGAAACGCAGGCCAGGACCUCUCUCCCUGCUUGUACACAAGAUGGAGUCAGAGAAGGCUUUUCAUUCAGGGACCACCUCAGCUGCGGAAAUGUCAGGAGAGACAGCAGACUCCACUCCUGGGUCCUCCAGUGAAUCUCCAUCGCAACGAUUGGCGCGAAAAAGUCAACAAGAGGUUAGUGAGAUGGAGGAAAAGAGGCAAUUAAAGGAGGAAACGAAGAAAGAAGAACGUCGGGAACAAGAGGGAGAGAAAAUGGAAGUUGAAGAACAGGAGAAGGAAAAUAAAUGCUUGGAAAAAGAGGUGGAACAGGAAAGAAAACAACUGCAAGAAAAGGAGAAACAACAUGAGAAAAAAGAGGAGGAAAAAGACGGAAAAGGUCAGGAAGAGGAAAAAGGAAAAGAGAGAAGACACCACGAAGUUGAGAAGAGAAAAGAGGAGAAGCUGGUUAAGAGUCGUGAGACAACAACCAAAGAAAGGGUAGUUGUGCCUGACGCUCAAGAUUCAGAUUCCUCUUCAGAUUCUGACUCCAAAUCAGACUCUUCUUCUCGCUCAUCACAAUCCUCCUCCUCAUCCUCCUCCUCCUCCUCCUCUGGGGAUGCCAGGCAGCUUAAGAAGGCAGCUCAAGGACAAGCGGCAGACGAACAGAAAGCAACAAACUUGAAUAAAGAAGCAGAGAAACAACACCUGUCAAAAAGUGAGGUGUCAGAGCCAAGCGCAGCUGCUGUGACCGAGGAACCAGACUCUGAGAGCUCCAUGGACCAGCAGCCAGGGUCCAGGGCUGAGCCAGAAAACGACAAGGAGCGCAUGGAGGAGAGUACCACUUCUAAGGCUUUUGCUGCUCGCAAGAUUUCUUUGACCAGCAGUAAGACGUCUCCAGGCACCACAGAUGGAGGAGCAGGCGACCCUGAGACAGGAAGUGCGGCAGGGAGGAAGAGACGGUGGGGAUCUAGUACAGCAGUCACUGCCAAGAAACCAUCAAUCAGCAUCACCACCGAAUCACUGAAGUCUUUGAUUCCAGAUAUUAAAGUUAAUCAGGACCAAGUGGUAGAGCUUCACCCUGAGGAGCUACAGCUGUCUGGAGAUGAAGAGAACCUGGACAGCAGCCACAGUGACCAGGACAAAGGACUCAAGAUCCAACGUACUGUUACACAGGUUGUCUCUGGUGACAGCCAGGAAAAUGGACAGACAAAUGAAGAUGAAAAUGUGGAGAAGACGGAGAGAGAAAAACAACGCAGGACUUCCAGAGACGAAAGGAAGAGCAGUCUUUCUGAGGAAACCUCAGAAACCCAGACUCCUGUCAAUGUUGAUGGAGAAGCCGCAAAGGUUACCCCCAGCGACAAUCUGGUGCGCCGUUCUAUCAGCCAGCAGAAGUCUGGUGUGUCUGUGACUAUUGAUGACCCCAUCCGCACAUCAAGGCAGCCCUCACCACCUCGUGGCAAACUUUCCAAUAUCAUCCAUGUGACCAACCUGGUACGGCCCUUCACUCUGGGCCAGCUGAAAGAGCUGCUUAACCAGAUGGGCACUGUGGUGGAAGAGGGCUUCUGGAUUGACAAGAUUAAAUCUCACUGUUUUGUCACAUACACUACAACAGAGGAGGCAGUUGCUACCAGAAAUUCCCUCCAUGGGGUAAAAUGGCCGUCAAGCAAUCCCAAGGUCCUCAACGUUGACUUCUGUGAGCAAGCUGAGCUGGACUUUCACAAAGGUAUUUUGAAGCCAGAAAAGGAAGAGGAACAUGCUGCACAGCCAGCCGGUCCUCCAAACCGACUGCCCCCCCUAAUGCCUGAGAGAGACAGGGACAGAGAAAGGGACAAAGACAGAGAAAGGGACAAGGAACGAGAGCGGGUACGGGACCGGGGAGUGGGAGAAGUCCGAGAUCUGUGGGCAGAGCGGGAGAGAGAGAUGGAGCGCCGGGAGCGUGCUCGUGGCGAGCGAGAAUGGGACCGGGAUAAGAUCCGUGAAUUUGCAAGACCAGGAGAGGACGGACGGCGGUCUCGAUCCAGGGAAAGGGAGCGAAGGAGGAGGGAAAGAGCAAGGAGCAAGGAGAAGAAGACUGAUAAGAAGGAGAAAGGAGACGAGCCUCCAGCUAAACUUCUAGAUGACUUGUUCCUGAAGACCAAAGCUGCCCCGUGUAUAUACUGGCUUCCCCUUACUGAGGAACAGGCAGCACAAAGGGUCUUGGACCGCAAAGAGAGGCGAAAGGAGCGCGAAAGAAAGCGCAAGGAGCAGGAAGAAGAGGAGGAAAAGAAGCGAGAGGAGGAGAAGAAAGAGAGGCUGAAGGGUCGAGAGAAGGACGGCGGCAUGCCGCCGAGCGGUGGAGCCAUUGGACGCGGCGCAGAUGGAGAGCGAGAGCGAGAGCGUGGCCGAGACAGAGAGGUGGACAAGAAGAGGGAGAGCGGCCACCGACCCAGACGGCCCUCGACCGGCGCCGGCGGUGGACGGCGCUCCCGUAGCUGUAGCAACCCGAGGGACCGGCGCCGCUGAGGCCUGGGCAGCUGCAGGGAAAGCUGAUAGCAGCGCAGCAGAGGACGCAGCAGACAGGAAGUCUUGGGAGGGCGCGAGUGUUCCCACUCACUGAAGGUUUCCUCUUGCCUCUAAGCAGGACUUGUGUCUGCUCCUCGCUGCCUGCCCACCGUGCAUUCAUUUACCCUCUUCGACGCCAGAGUUGUCUUCCACACAUUUCUGCCAGUCCUCUCCUCCCCAGUGUCCAAUUUACAUCAAAAAUACUUAUUACAUGUUUGUUUGAAAGUAAACGGUGGUUCUAGCUCCACCCCCUCACUAGCUGUCUUCCAGAAAGUCUCCCUACAGCCUGUUGCAUCUUCUCCAUUGAUGAAAAGAAACAAGGCGGGUGGUGGUUUUUUUCUUGUGGCUUUAACAUUUUGUCCCACUGAGGUUUGGAGCCUGCCCCUUUAUUUUAGUUCUGCGGGUGCACAGUUCCUUCCUCCUCCAAGCCCUGUAAUAAAACCAGACCAAAAUAGAUCCCUGACCUUCAAAUAUUUGCUAGGAUCAGUCGAAAUGUUUCACUCUUCAGCGUUGAGUUUGUUUUCUUAUGUUCAGCUGAAUUUCUGUCCAAUUUAAGAUUUCUUUUUUGUAAUGGAUCACGUUUGUUUUUUAAGCCCUCAUUGUGGUUUGUUGUGUUACAACAGGUGAUGUUUGUGUGAGCGUGUCCCUCAAACAUACCACUGGUACAUGAGUCUCAACACUGUAACACAGAAAACUGUAAUAGGAAGAUAAGUGGUAUAUGUGAUGCAGGAGAUGUACACACGCCCUGGGUUGGUAUUUAGUGGAUGUUUUUGUGGGAUGGGGGGUGAAAUUCUUUGUUCUAUAAUUGCAGUAGGCCGACCUUCACUGCGCUGACGUCUCCUUUCCUCUGGCUAUUCAAACAUAUAAGGAGGUAACAUAAAAAGUUUAUCUUCUAGUAUAGUAAUGGUUACAAUUUUAAUAUUUUUAAUUUUGUUUUUAGUUCAGACCUGUUUGAUUUUGUAACUCUAUUCCUGCUCCUGCUGAAUGUACCGAGAAUUAAAAUUAAAUAAAUUUAAAUUGGUUAUCA